AUGGAUCUCCAUACACCUGCUUUGAGCGAGUUCCCAGCCAGUAAGAUGGGAACUGAAGAGGAUAAGAAAGACUUGAAGUGUUUGGGCGACAGGCCAAAACGGGCGCCGACCACCAGCCUCUUACCCAUGGAAGAGAUGGACGUUAGGCUACGAAUAAUCGAUGUGAUUCGAGAAAAACUAGAAAGAUGGAACGGCUCAGAGACGCAGCUAACCUAUUUGCAAUUCUCGGCCUUGUUACUCAUGCCUCUCGACUUUUUGAUGAAUUUGAAGGAAAGCUUCCCCGGCUCACUUCAACAUGACAUCUCCGUAGAAUAUAUCCAAGCUAGUUUAUUUUUUUUCAUGAAAGGUAGAACUCCUGGAUCUGUUGCUGCAUCUGAUGCAGAUCAAGAUGGUUCUCAAGGCACUUCAGAAGCAACCUACAGGGAUGCUGUGGAACGCACCAAGUGCCGGGCUCGAGAUACCCAUACGUGCAUUCUCACGCAAUCAACCCUACCCGACGUGUCAGUGUGUCAUUUCCUCCCCUUCUCCAUUGGUGCUACAGAGGAAAACAUGGCUUACUUCAAAAAAUGCGGCUUCCUUAUGUACGCUUUUUCGUUUGGCACCGACCAAUACGAGACUGCCAGGACUAUGGCGGAACAACGUGGUUGGUUAGACAAAGCAUGGAAUAUGGUUUGCCUAGAUCGGCAGCUCCGUGCUUGGUGGGCAGAAGGAUAUUUUGCGCUCAAAUACCUUGAAACUAUCCAAAAGAGUGAGAUAGAAUCUAUAGUGCAAAUCCAGUUCUACUGGAUGCCUCGUAAUGGGCUCGAUUAUGGGCGGGAAUGCAGCAUUCACCAAGAUGUAGUUGAAAGAAUGUUAUGUACAGCUCCAGGCCGUGACGGGUUCACUGGAGGUACGACAAAAUCCGGUCAGUCCCUCGAAACAGGACAGAUAUUUGAGAUUAUAGUAUCUCCUGAAGAGGCGCCCAAGAUGAGGCUCGUAAUUGAUACACAAUGGGCGAUGAUUCGGCUUGCAGCGCUGUCUGGAGCUGUAGGACAUAUGGACAGACUAGACAAAGAGUAUAUUGACCCUUGGGAUGAAGAUGAUGAACACUUCAAAGAAUGCAUAUAA